CCAUGAGUCCGGAGGCGCCCCCCCUCCUCCUGCUACUGCUGCUUGCAGCUCUGAACUCAGAGUCCACAGCAACUCCACCUGAACGCAACAGCGGUCGGAAAUUCGUUGUUGUUUUUCCAGAGAACAUUGCCUACUAUUAUCCUGUUCCUUCCCAAAACAAAGUCUGGAUCACUACCUUAUAUCCUAGUACUACAGUCACCAUCAACCCGCAGGCCAACGGGACAACCACAUUAGGAAACCCAGGGACUCGCAGUUUUGACGUGAAUCUGGAGCUCAGGAAGUUAAAUGUUUCUGAUCCUGGAACCAGCCUGUCUAACCGGACCGUCCAGAUAACCAGCAACAAAAAUAUCGUCGUCCAAGCCUUCAGCGUCCGAAACAAAAGUAUGCAGACAGCUCUGGUUAUUCCUGCUGACAAACUCGGCAUGAAGUACUUCAUCCCUCCCAUUUCCAAAGUCCCAAAAGCCACUAUCAAUGUCAGCGUUGCUGGUAUGAGCAUUAAUGAGAGAGGCCCGUUCAGACUCAUCAUCGUCAACACCAACCAAAGCAACACGGUGACCGUUCAAGGUAAAGCUUCCAAACAAGUUUCUCUCCCACCCAAUUAUUUAGCUCAGAUCCCGCUAGAAGACGAGGACGGGCUGCAAGUCGUUGAAGCUGAAAAUCCGGUGGCGGUCCUCGUUGCUCACCCUUGUGCCUUCCGGCCUCUGUGCAGCUGUGGGCUGCUGUACGCCAUCCUGCAACCAGCCAGAAACCAGGCGGUGAAGUUCCCCAUUCCUCCUGCUCUGGCUGCAGACGCCGAAGUGUUUGUACUUCUGUCAGAGUCGGGAUCCAGCAGCGCAGAAGCCUUCAAUCCAGAUGCAGCUGUGGUCGAGACGUCCGGCACGGCCGUCCUCUACCGGCCAGAUUUAGUCCUCCCUCUGAUCCCAGAGACAGACUUCGCCAGCUGUUACGUGGUCACCAACAUCUCACAGCAGCAGAACUUUAUUCUCAUUGUGGUCCACAACGAUGACAAAGACGGGAUUCACGUUGGAAACAGUCCUCUGCAGACGCUGAAUCCAGUGUGGCAGAAGCUGAAUGGGACUAAUUACACCUCAGCACGCCUCACUUUCUCAUCCAGAAACACGGUGGUCUGGCACGAGUCCUCCACAGUGGGAGUGUAUUAUGUGGGAAAUGUGAGCGGCACCAUGUUUGGACACCCAGCACCGAUCAUCAGUUCCACCCCAGAUUACAGGGGUUGCAUCUUGUCUCCAGAGGUCUUGAAUAUCCCAACCAAUGCAAGCAGCUGGCAGAAAUCUAUCAAAACCUGCGGAGAUAAUAGUCUGAAGCUGGUCAGUCUCUCGGGGGAAACUCAGCAGAAACAAGUCUGCAACAAGCUGUCCCAGGUCAACGGCAGCAAGCCGCAGGAGGUGUGGAUCGGCAUGCGUCGCAGCUCUGCCACGGGGGAGUGGUACUGGCUGGACAACCCGUCCGUCCGGUACACCAACUGGGACGAGGGGCAGCCGGGCUCGGUGGAUGGCGGCCAGUGUGCCGUCAUGAGUCUGAAAAGCAACUGUUCCUGGAGAGAUGAGGAGUGCUGCACCGCCGUGCGUCCCCUCUGCUACAGAGAGCCGGAGCUGCUGGUGUUCUGAUGCUGCAGCAUCCAGCGUGUCCACAUCUGGUUCGAGAGUACACCAAAUAAUUUAAACCCAUCAGAAUCAGUUAAACCUGAUUUAUAACGUUAUUAUUGAUUUACCAGUCCGGCUAAUAAUUUUACAUGUUUCACUACAUUUGUCCAUUAAUCUGAAUUUUAACCUGAUGAGCCAGGGUCAGAUUAACCUCUUAAUGCCUUAUAGUCAACGUCUAAUCUGCCCACUUUUAUUAUUAAAAGUGAAAUUGUGCAGCAAAAAUUGAGUUAAAAAAUUUUUAAUAUGUAAAUUUAAUCAAUUGAAUUUGAAAAACUCUGAAAUUUCCUGAGUUUUCAUCUCCCUGUUUGAAUCAUAAUGAAAUAAUUUAGUCAUCUCUUUGUGAAUAAUUUCUAAUGUUUGUCUUUUAUUUCUUUGUAAUUUUGGUUUCUUUUUUUAUUAGCAGGAGUUAGAAGAUUAAUAAAUGGCUGUAGAAAGGGAAGACAAAGAAAUGAAUCAUUACAUGUUUGUAGAAAAAUUAUAUGAAUGACCAGUCUGAACAGUUAACCAUAAUUAUCUGACAUUUUCAUGUCAAAUAUGCAACAGGUAAAUAAUGUCCUGUAUAAUGUAUAAUGCAAAUAAUGUAUAGAGUUUAAUCAAAGUUGCUUCGAGUUCAGAGAUGCUUUCUAAUUUACUGGACCAAAGGCCAAAAGGAAAUUAAAAGAUGUUUAUCUGUAAUCCAGUGGUGAAUAGAAAACAUCCAGAGAGGCUGAUUUUAGAGGUUAUCCUCCUUAUUUAUGGAGUUACUGAUAAUUUUCCAGCUGUACAUUUACAGUUUUUAACUUCCGGGUGUCCAGAAGAAAAGAUGUUAAGUGUGUUAAUGCGAAGCUCUCGUUGAGCAUCAGUAAUUCACGUAUGAGUAGGAUCACUGUUGUCACUGGAAAAUGUAUAAAAAACUGUUAUCUAUGAAUUAUUAUUGGAUUAUUUAAAUUUGAAUAGAUUGAAAUAAAUUAAUCAGUUUUGAACCGAGUCACGUUUAUUUUUCUAUGUAAACCUGUCGCGGCUCUGGAGCCUAGUGGUGUAUUUCCUAAAUGCUUGAAAAGAUUCUGUUUGUUGUGGUUUCAUAGCUUAAAGAAAACUCUCAUAUGUAGAUUUUAGCUUAAAAAAUGGAAAAAUUUGAAGGUGAUAUUUUCAGAAGGCUGUCAAAGAAUAAAAUUAACUGAAAAGCCA